AUGGAGGAUAAGAAGAAGAAGAAGAAGAAGAGGAAGAAGGAGAAGAAGGAGGUGAAGGAUGACAAGAUGAAGACGGAUAAAGGUGAGGUUAUGGAGAAGAAGGAUGAGGUGAAGGUGGAGUAUGAGGAGAAGAAGAAGGAAUAUGAGGAGAAUGUGGGGAAGAAGGAGGAUGAAGAAUAUGUGGAGAAGAAGAAGGAAGAUGAGGAGAAUGUGGAGAUGAAGAAGGAGGAUGAGGAGAAUGUGGAGAUGAAGAAGGAGGAUGAGGAGAAUGUGGAGAUGAUGAAGGAGGAUGAGGAGGAUGUGGAGAAGAUGGAGGAUGAGAAGAUGGUGGAAAUGAAGAAGGAGGAUAAGGAGGAUGUGGAAAAGAUGGAGGAUGUGGAAAAGAUGGAGGAUGAGGAGAAGGUGGAGAAGAAGAAGAAAGAUGAGGGGAGUGUGGAGAAGAAGAAGGAGGAUGAGGAGGAUGUGGAGAAGAUGGAGGAUGAGGAGAAGGUGGAGGAGAAGAAGGAAGAUGAGGAGAAUAUGGAGAAGAAUAAGGAGGAUGAGGAGGAUGUGGAGAAUAUGGAAUAUGAGGAGAAUGUGGAGAAGAAUAAGGAAGAUGAAUUGAUCUUAGUGAAAUUGUGCGAUGAGAGAUUGAGAAUAAGAAGAAAAGGAAGGAUGUAG